GCCGUAGCAGGAGGAGGGGAAAAGAUGACUGGUCUUUUGACGUGGAAUAUUUCCGUAAAGGGACGAUGGAGAAGUAGCAGCGUGUAGCUCGAGGCCACCCCGUCCUAACCACGAAUCGAGACGGGAUUUAGCUCUGAAUCUCAGUCAGGUGCGGGUGAACCAGGGCGGACAGACUCCGGUCUUCCAUAGACUGACCCCUCUCUGCUCCCCGCCUCCCUCCGUUCAGCUACAAUCAUGAUAAAAGCCAUUUUAAUAUUCAACAAUCACGGGAAACCAAGGCUUUCUAAAUUCUACGAGCAUUAUAAUGAAGACACAGAGCAACAGAUCAUCAGGGAAACCUUCCAUUUGGUGUCAAAAAGAGAUGAAAAUGUCUGCAAUUUCUUAGAAGGAGGAAUGUUGAUUGGAGGAUCGGACUACAAGCUGAUCUACAGACACUACGCCACGCUGUACUUUGUGUUUUGUGUCGACUCUUCAGAGAGCGAACUAGGCAUUUUAGACUUGAUCCAGGUAUUUGUGGAAACGCUGGACAAAUGUUUUGAGAAUGUCUGUGAGCUUGACUUAAUUUUCCAUGUAGACAAGGUCCACAACAUUCUAGCAGAGAUGGUGAUGGGUGGGAUGGUCCUGGAGACCAACAUGAACGAAAUCAUCACACAGGUGGACGCCCAGAACAAGAUGGAGAAGUCUGAGGCCGGUAUUGCAGGAGCGCCUGCUCGUGCCGUAUCAGCUGUAAAGAACAUGAACCUCCCGGAAAUGCCCAGAAACAUCAACAUUGGUGACAUCAGCAUAAAAGUGCCAAAUUUACCUUCCUUCAAAUAGUGGCAGCGAGAUUGUGGAGCUGCAGAUGUCUUCAGUGUUUACCGUGAUGCAAUCUGUUUACCAAAACCUCACAUUACUAACUUUUAUCAAAACUCUGCAUCUUGAAGGUACUGUGUGAUCUGACACUCCUUGCUUUGGUGUUAUAUCUCUUGUUUUCCUGUUAAAAGAAUGUUUAUUGGUGUUUUCUUAUCGAAGGAGAAAUUAAAUAUUUAUUUAUCAGUGGUACAUUCCUUCUGCCUCCCUGGAGGCUGGCUCGUAACAUUCAGCUCCUCCAUCACAGAUUUGUGGCGGCUUAUAAGUGAAAUGACUUCAUUUAGACUAUUGUUUACUUAAAAGACAAAGCUUGGAAGGUAGUGACAUGGUGGGACAGCCUUACUGGUUUGGUUAUUCCAGACCUGGGAUAUCAUUCGAAGGAGAAAAUGAAUUAAUUAAACCAUUUUAGUUCCUAAAUUGGAACAUGUCUGCUACAGUGUUAAAUACUAAAUUACCUAAUAUUAUGAUUAUAUGACAUUACAGAUACUGUAUGCUGUGUGACAAAUAUAUAAGAUGCUGAAAUGACUUUUUUUUUUCUUUGUAUGGAAAAUAUUUUAAAGAGAUUUUUCAUGUCUUAUUAAAUAUUUCUCUUAGUUUUCAUC